GCACCCCACCAAGCCCGCAUAACACGGCAUCACAUUGAUCCCGACAUCUCCGCUUUUCAUUGAGUUCCUGUGACCAUUUUGAGAUUUAUCGCUGGUGGUAUCGCCUCCCGAUGAGUUGAUAUAUUUGGGUGAAAAGGUUCGACAAUCCCUAUUCUACUCCAUGUCACUUUAACCUUUCCUUCCUACCUCUACUACUGCCAACAUAAUGUUUACCCCGAAGAGAGCAAUCCGCAUCGCUGGCGCCUCUGGCGGCUUUACUGACCGCCAACGGGCCAUCCUUGACCUCGCAAAAUGUGAUGUCGAUGUCAUUGUCGGCGACUGGAUGAGUGAAUGUACCAUGUCAUGGCACGGUGCUGCCAAAGCCAACGUUGUCGCCAACUCAGUUAGCGAUACCGACAGACAAGGCCUUUACGACCCGUCCUUCAUGGAAAAUGUCUCACCUGCGUUGCCUUAUCUCGAGAAGAAAGGCAUCAAGUUGGCUGUGAACGCAGGCAGCAGUGACACCGAGUUGCUGGCGAAAACUGUCGUGCAGGAGGUCAAGAAGCAGGGACUUAACCUAAAGGUCGCCUGGGUGCAGGGCGAUGAGGUCUCAGAUGUUGUCAACAAACUCUUAAAGGAGGGACACAAAUUUGAGAAUAUCUGCUUCGGCGGGAAUCUGGAGGAUUGGGGUUUCGACCCCGUAGCUGCACAAUGUUACCUUGGCGGCGCCGGUAUUUCGGAGGCUUUCAAGAAUGGCGCUGACAUUGUCAUCUGUGGCCGCGUAGCAGAUGCUGCACCUACAAUUGGAGCUGCUAUGUGGUGGCACGGGUGGGAUAGGAACACAAACUUUGAUGAGAUUGCGGGUGCACUGAUCGCUGGUCACCUCAUCGAGUGCUCCUCUUAUGUAGCUGGAGGCUACUAUUCUGGUUUUAAGAGGUUAUUUGACGGCUGCGAGAACCUUGGCUUCCCCAUUGCCGCGGUCUUUCCCGACGGCUCCUGCACUCUCGAGAAAGAGCCAGAAACUGGCGGUGCUAUCAACGUCGGCACCGUUGUUUCUCAACUGCUCUAUGAGAUUCAAGGCCCACAGUACUACGGUUCUGACGUUGUUGCCGUUCUCGAGGGCAUCGACAUGGUCCAAGAAGCUGACGACCUCGUACGCAUCACAGGUGUUAAGGGCAAGCCGCCACCAACAACCACUAAGGUUGGUCUCACGGCCGUCGGGGGCUAUCAAGCUGAAUUCCACUUUUAUUUUGUCGGUCUCGAUAUUGAUGACAAGUGUGAAUGGACCGAGAGACAGAUCCGCAAGUCGAUGGGCGAUAACGUGGGCAAGUUCUCCUGCCUCGAGUUCCAACAAAUAGGCACUGCUGCAGAGGAUCCACGCGACCAAAACCGUGCAACCGUUGACUUUCGUAUAUUUGCACAGAGCAAAGAUCGCUCUCUUAUGGUCAAGGACACUCUUGAUGUCCCAGGUUUCAAUCGAUAUUGCCUCGAGAACUUCUUGCAAUCCGCACCGGGUGCCACUAUUGGGAACGACAUCCGCCAGUCUGCCGGAAAGGAGUUCUACGAGUACUGGGUUGCGCUCCUACCACAGUCCGAGGUCAGCCAUAAGGUUAACCUGACCUGGGAGAAUAAGGCCAUCGACAUCCCGCCAUCGACUGCCAUGCAGCUCUACGAGACCAGGCAAUGGAGCUAUGAGACUAAGAAUCCCGUCCCGCUAAAUUCCUUCGGCCCAACGACUCGCUGCCCGAUCGGCUGGCGCGUGCUCGGUCGCUCCGGCGACAAGGCCUCCGAUGCCAACGUCGGUCUCUUUGUUGAGAACGACGAUGAGUGGGAAUGGAUCAGAAGCAUGCUAACCGUGGAGAAAAUGAAAGAACUACUUGGAGCAGAAUACAAUGGCAAAGAGAUUGAUCGUUUCGAGAUUCCAGGUUUAAGAGCUGUGCAUUUCUUGCUCCACGAUCAUCUAGAUAGAUCGUAUAACGCCAGCAGCACGGUGGAUGGUCUAGGAAAGAACGUUUGCGAGUAUUUGAGGGCGAAGCAUGUGGAUAUUCCAAACAAGUUCCUUAGACGAGGACGGAUCUAGGGGAUAUAUGCGAUGUAAUGAUUAGCUAUGAAAAAAUUGAUCGAUUUAUUUAUUGAAUGUGUUCUUCAACUUUAUCAUUAUCGAC